AUGGAUGAUGACACGGUUAAACAUUAUGAGACUAAAUUACGUGGAUGCAAAACUAAGGAAGAUUUAGAAAAAUUUACCUCGGAAGUGGUUUUUUUUAUUCAAGUUUAUGCUCGGGCUCGGGAUGCUGGUUAUUUUAAAAAAGCAGAUGAAGUUCCUAAGACUAAACCAGCACCUAAAACUGAAACAAGAAGCAGUGCUGAUUCCACGAUAAAGCAUUUUGUUGCGAAGAUUGUCGAAGUCGGUGAGACAAGGAUGAUAAAUGAUGGAAAGAUUUCGAUGAAAAAAGGUCAAAAGAAGCUCAAGAAUGAGAAGACUACAAAAGAAAACAGGAUCAAAAAUGAGCAGACUAUUUUAAAAACGCAAGCAGCAAUAGUUAUAAUUCUUAUUCUUCCUAUGCCUAUACUCCCUCCUCAUCUUCUUCUGGUAGUUCCGGUUCUAGCAAUGUGGCAUCAUGAUUGGAUGAAUGUGGAAUUUAAAUUAAGCCUAAAAUCCGUUUCUGAGGAAAAAUUGAACAAAAAAUUAGGUGCUGAAUAUACUUGUGCCAAUUGUGGAGUAGUUAAAGAUAAUUAUUAUCCUUGGGAAAAAGAGGGUAAAAAAUAUUGUUCGCUCGACUGUCAAGAUAGCAAAGAUAAGAAAAAUACAAAGUCAUUAGGAAUUUCUAGUUUGAAAGAGUUUUUUAAUUGGAUGAGAAAAAUGGGGGCAGUCGAAGUCAAAUUUGAUUUAACAACUAAUCAAAUAAUAGUUAAAUGUAACGAUGGUGAAAAAAAAUUGAAUCUCGCUACUAGCGGUUUAUCACUAAAAUUGCAAGAAGAAUUAAAACAUGCAAAAGAACCGAUUACUUUUAGCCAAGUUAGUAAAGCACUUGACCAAAAAAAUAAAAAAAAUGAUAAUGCAGCAAUAUUUGGUGCUAUUCUUCUGGCCGGAAUAAUUUUGGCAGUCAUUAUCGGUGUAGUUGUUUAUAACAAAAAGAAAAGAGAUUACUAA